AUGAACUGUGAAGCCUCUCAGCGGGACGAUAUCGGAAUUCAAAUUCGGCAUUCGCCGGAAACCCAACAGGAGGGUUUUGGCAACCCCGCUUUCGGUUUUGACUACGCCUACGUUUCCCAAACCUCAACUCGAACGCAUAGUUCUGCUGUACUUCCAACCAAGAAAGUCUCGUCAUGUCAGAUAUCUGCCCCGUCUACUCUCCUUUCUUCAGCGCCAUGGGCUGCACCAGUGCCAUCGUCUUCACCUGAAGCUGACGCGUUGUGGCUGUUCAUGGAAGGCAUUGGUGCUAGUUAUGGUACAGCAAAAUCUGGUGUCGGAAUUUCAGCCAUGUCAGUUCUACGACCUGACUUGAUGAUGAAGUGUGUUGUACCAGUUAUCAUGGCUGGUAUUAUUGCUAUUUACGGGCUUGUCGUGUCGGUGCUUAUUGCUGCUGAUCUCGAAACACACAUGUCCCUUGCUAAAGGUUUUACCCAACUUGGUGCUGGUCUUUCUGUCGGUCUUGCUGGUCUCGCUGCUGGUUUUGCUGUUGGAAUUGUCGGUGAUGCUGGUGUACGAGGCACUGCUCAACAACCAAGGCUUUUCGUCGGCAUGAUUCUUAUUCUCAUUUUCGCCGAGGUUUUGGGUCUUUACGGUCUCAUCGUGGCUUUGAUCAUGAACACCAAGACCCGCGACAUGCCCUGCUAA